AUGGCAACAAUUAAAGUCACUUAUAAUUCAAUUUCCCGUCGCUUCAAUAUUGCUUCUCCAAAUUGGGUAGAAUUAGAAUCUAAAUUACGAUUACUUUACAAUAUUCCAACUACUUCUUCCCUUAUUGUCUCUUACAAUGAUGAAGAUGGUGACGUAAUUACUCUUUCAAGUGAUUUGGAACUUAAGGAAAUUCUUGAUCAACAAUCUUCCAGUAGACCUAUUAAACUUAUCUUGAGUACAGUCGAAAAUUUUAUUUUUGAAGACGAAAAUGAUAAUGAUGUGGUUAAUUCAAAUGUAGAAGUUAAUAAUAACCAUGUUGACGAUUUCUCUUCAAUACAACAAAAUCAGCAACAAACUACUGAACUUGAAGAAGAAAAUGUUGAAUCUAGACCACCUUCUUAUUAUCAACAUGUUACUAUAGAAGAAGAAGAACCAGAAGAUGGUCAAUCUACUCCUCUUCUUAAUAAAGAAAAAGAAAAGGAAUCUGAGAAGCAGCGCCCUGAAAGUACCAAUGAAAAUAAAGCGCAACCGGAAAAUGAAAAUAAAGAAAAUGAAGAUGACGAUGAUGACGAAAUCAUUUUCGUAAUUUCAUAUCCAUGGGCUCGUCAAACUUUCUUUGGACCAAGAUUCGGACCUGGAUUUGGACCUGGAUUUGGAUCUGGAUUUGGAUCUGGAUUUGGACCUAGAUUUGGAUUAUUUGAUGGAUUAUUCGGUGGUCCACGUUAUUUCCCAUUUAGUCCGUUUAAUUCCUAUGGACGUCCACAAUUUCAUCGUUCAGCUUUUUUUAAUGGGUAUGGUUGUCCAUCCGCUUAUCACUUCAGUUCUCGCCAAUGUGGACCUAACUCUUGCAAUGAAAAUUCAAAACCUUCCUGUUGCUCAAAACAACAACAAUCAGAUUUUUGCAACAAAAAUUCUGAAGCUUCCACAUCCGCAUCUGCAAAAACUAACAGAUGUAACAAAGAUAAAUAUAAUCAUAGAUCAAGAUUUUCUUGCGGUAAAAACUCCAACCUUUUCUAUCCUCAAUGUUAUAAUAAUCAACCAACAUUUACUCAAGAACAAUUAAAUGAAAAACUCUCAACUUUACACUCCAUGGGAUUCGAUUCUUCAAAUAAUGCUUUGUAUGAGGAUUUAUUAAAACGUUACAAUGGAAAUCUUGAACGUGUAAUUGAAUUAUUGUUACGUAAUCAGCAGGUUAAUGAGUAUUACGAUAACGAGAAAUCUUCAAAGAAGCGAAACGGGAUCGUUAUAAACGAAGAAAAGCCAAAUAAUGACGAAAUUAAGCACGUGGAUAAUGAAGAGAGUAAACCUUAUAAUUUAUAA